CGUAGUUUUCCCUACGUGUUUCUAUCGUGAUUUUUUCUUCCUCUUGGAACCCUGGCCGCUUCAUCUAUCGUUUUCCUUAUAGACUCUCGUGUGAAAUUGCUUAUCAGGAGUCUUCACCUGCUCCUUCUAUAGAUCUAUAAAUCAUGUGAUUGUUGCAACCUUGGGCCAACUACAAGUACUUAUGAGUCAGAGCUGCACAAUUCUACACCAUCCAUCCAGAUUAUAAAUAGGUACUAGUUCUAUCACUUUCACUUUUGUUUUCGCCGCUACUAAAUAUCUUCUAUUUUGAUCUCUUUAUGAAAUUCAUGGAUUUAAUCACCGAUUUCUACUCUCUCUGUGUGUGGUGGUGUUAAUAUGAAUGUCUUAAUAUUUGAGUGUAAACAAGUGAAGGUUUUGGUAGAGUAUCUAUGGCACUGUAUCAGGUUAUUUAUCAACAAGCAUGUUGUCUAGCCUAUAUGGUAAAUAACAGACAAUAGAUUUUGGUAUUUUUUAAUGUCUUAUUUUGUUCUUGGACUUCUUGUAUGUACUCAUCAUCUUUGUGUUUUGUGUCCAUGAAAAGCAUGCUGUCAUAUGUUUCUUGUGGUCUCUUGGUUAUGAGGCGUGAGUUUCUUUAUUCAGACAUGAGGGGGGUUUAGGUGUAGGUGAGCAUAGUUAUAUUAUGGAUUGAGCUGUUUUGCAAUUUGGACGAUGCGAGUGUGCUCACUCCAUGCAUUCUGCCAAAUAUAUCAUCUAUGUUCUGCAAUAUUAAAAUGCAAUGGUUGACCUAUUAUGGAUAAAUAGAUGCUUGUACUUGAAAGUACACGUAAAUGACUAGUUAGUUAAUGUCUGAUACAUUGCAGCCUACUCCCUAUGUCUAAUUCUGAAAAUAGUCGAAAAAAUGCAAAGUGGUAUCAAUACAUUACCAAAGCUUUACUUAAACUUUGUAUGGAAGAAAUUCGCAAAAGUGGAAAACCGGGAAUUGCAUUUAAAGUUAAGAAAUAGGAAGAAAUAAGAGAAGACUUUGAAAAAUAAACUACUAGAAAUUAUACCGUAAAGCAAUUGAAGAAUAAGAUGGACAAUUUGAGGACUGUUUGGGUUACAUGGAAGCAACUAAAGGGUAAAGAAACAGGGUUGGGAUGGAACAACCAGUCAGGUACUAUUGAAGCUGAUGCGACAUGGUGGGAUGCUAAGAUGAAUGAGAAUUCUAAGUAUGCAAAAUUUUGAUAUAACAGACUAGAAUUUCAUGAUGAAUUGGAAUUCAUAUUUGGGGAGACAGUGGCAACAAGUCAAGAUGCAUGGACUCCAGCUAUGAGUGUACCAAGUGAGUCUGGUGGCAGAAAUACAACUCCAGAUGUGCUGCAUCGAGUUAUGGAAUCUGAUGAUGAUGAUUUCAAUCUUGAAGAUGAUGUUAGCCCUACGGAAAACAAUCAACUCAAAAAGAAAAGAAAGGUGACACAAGAUCACAAUGGCACAGUAACAAUAGUUGGAUCUCUCUCUGGCUCUGCAAUGGAGAAGAAGGAGAGGAACGUGAACGUCUACAGAAAAUCGAAGCAGUCUCUCGACGCCAACCGCAGCAAUGACGCGAAGAUGGAGGUGUGCUCCGGUCGCCGCUGCAUGUAUAAACCUUACCCGCGACCACCCUGUCCCUAUCCAGUCCCUUGGUCCAGGCUGCAAAGUCACAUGUCCAGUAAUUACAAUGUUCACCAAAAGCAAAAGCAAUCAAAUCCAAGGGUUCUACGACCUUUCAAUGAUGUGUUUGGACCUAAGACUAAAAGGAAGUGCCCCUGUCUCUUGGCUUGUGAUUAUCAGUCCUUAGCUGAGAAAGGUGAUGCUGCACAAGACGAUUUUGAAGAAAAGUGUGGUGCUAGUGGAACUGCAGAAGCUAAUGAAGCAGAUGCAUUUAGAGAUUUAGAGGAUAAAGCCCAAAGGGAAAGUAACUACACUAGAGCAGUUCUUGGGAAAGACACUCCCGUACAAUCAAAGAAAAGAAGGUCCUCUACAGCAAGAGGGAGGAGCCUCAAAAUAAUGAACACCUAAAGCAAGAGCUUGGGCCAAAUUAGCCCGACAAUCUGCCACUUGAUUAGCUUCCCACAAUGUAUGCAUACAUUGAACCUCCCAAUCCUUAAAUAUGGAGAAGGAUGCAAACUAUCACAAUCCUAAUUAUUUUUUCAUUUGCAUUCAAACGAGUAUAAAAUCUAAUUUUAACGUAA